GAUGCGUCUCUUCGUCGGUGACGUCAUGACGUAAAACGAGGUCACGGUGCGCAGCGUCACGUGAAAACAUCUACAGUAAAUAAUCUCAAUGUUUCGUUUUUGUGUCUUUUAUCGGUGAAUAAAACCGGAAACCUGCGUAUUAAUCUGCAGGUAGCUUCACAUUUCCGCCAUGGACGAGGACGGGCUGCCCAUUGUGGGCUCCGGAGUGGAUCUAACCAAGGUUCCCGCCAUACAGCAAAGAAGAACUGUUGCCUAUCUGAAUCAGUUUGUCGUGCACACAGUCCGCUUCCUUAACCGCUUCUCCACAGUGUGUGAAGAGAAACUUUCCAACAUCUCUCUUCGCAUUCAGCAGAUCGAAACCACACUGUGUAUUCUGGAGGCGAAGUUGUCCUCCAUUCCCGGACUGGAGGACGUCACAAUCGAUGGAGUCAGUCAGCAGCAAAGUGCACAGACCAACGGACCCACGCCAGCCAGCCAGAGCCAAGCAGAUGGUCCAGCAGCAGGACUGCUGCCUCCCCCAGAGACUGUUCAGAGUUCACCUGAAUCUGCACCAACGGACAAAACGGAGCCUCCUGCAGAAAACGUCAUGACGGUGGCCAAAGACCCUCGUUACGCUCGAUACCUGAAGAUGGUGCAAGUGGGCGUUCCUGUGAUGGCCAUCAGGAAUAAAAUGGUCCUGGAUGGUUUAGAUCCCAACCUCCUCGACACGCCUGACGCCCCGAUUCCCAACGGAGAGGCGGGAAGCACCGAGGACCAAGACAUGGCUGCCACCAGCUCGGACAGCGAAUCAUCGUUCAGUGACUGAUAUGCCCCCUUCCUCCUCCUCCUCCUCCUCCUCACUGCGAUGCUCCAUCUGUGGCAGGAGGAAGAUCGAAUUGUCUGAAUAUCCAGCGCAAGCGAUUGUAUUUUCAGUGUAAAAAGGAGCUGAAACGUCUCUGUUGUUCCAUGAAGAAACCUUGAUUUUGAUGCCUGAUUUGCAUCUUUGAUUGAUUGUUAUUCCUUUUCAAAGCGAGGGAAUAAUUUUUCCUCUUCCUCAUGGCAGAAAAAAGUCAUGAGAAGAUGACAGCAGCAAGUAGUUUUUCUAGAAAAUCAAAUCCUGUGGAAACACGCCAUUCAGUUUGUGGCUCAUUUUACUCCAGAAUGAUAAAUCUGGAUAUUUGAAUGUGUUCAUUGUCACAAAUCUGCUUGUCGCAUUAGCAUUUGUAUUUAGGAAUAUUUUCACUGCCGAUAUUGAACUGAAUUAUUGUAACAUGUUUAAUUUCGUUUCUAAAAUACUAAAAAACUUCCGAGCAGAAGUACUUGUCAUUUUUCUGUUAAUAAACUUACUUUAUGGAAAAAUGAAAUGUUUUUUUAAAUGAGAAUUCAGUGUUUU